AUGACUUCAAAAUAUUCUUUAACAAUUGGCGAAGGUGUCACAAUAAAUCUUAAUAAUAUGACAACAAAUGGGGAUAAAACGGGUCUUAUUCAAAUUCAAAAAGGUGGUAUAUUUAUAUCAGACACAAUAAAUAUAAAAGUCAAUUUUAACAAUUAUCAAGACAAUUAUAUCAACUUGAUUUCAUUUCAAGAAGUUCAAAAUUCAUCUUCAACACCUUUGUUUAAUAAAUUACUUGGAGGGAAAUUAUAUCGAUCUUAUCUAAACUCUAACAAUGUUGAUACAACCGUUACAUGUACUUAUAUCAGUGGAAACUUUGAUGAUUACAACAGUUAUGACAAUCAAGUCCUACACUGUCCACCAUCCUCUGUUAAUUCAACAAUUGUAAUACAAAACACAAAACUCGAACAAAACAUCAAUUUUAUUGGAGAGAUGAGGAAAACAACCGAUACUUAUAAAAUGGUGUCAUUCAAUGAAGAAAACCAAUGUUUGCUUUUUUAUCCCAAUUUAAAAGAUGGAAGUUGUCAUUUAUGUAAAAAUGACUCAUAUUUAUCAAGUGGAAAUUGCGAAGUUAUAAGUUCAAAAUGUAUAACAUUAUACAAAAAACAAACUUCAGAUGUUUGUGAAGCUUGUGAAACUGGAAGCGAAGUUGAUAAAUAUCAAUGUUUACCAUGCCCGACUAAUUGUCUUCAUUGUGCCAAAGGAAAAUGUGUUUUAUGUGAUAAAGAGUAUAUUGUUGACGUCAAUCGAAACUGCGAAAAGGUAUUAGUUUAUGAUGAUAAUUCGUUAUUAAUAAUAUCAGGUAAAACAAUCAAAUGCAAUAUUGGAUAUUUUAUUAAAUCAAAUAAGUGUGAAAAUUGUGGUGAAAAUUGUAUUAAUUGUAACAAUGAAAGUUCUUGUAAAAUAUGUGAUUCAAAAAGUUUAUUGAAAAAUGGAGUUUGCACUUUACAAAACAGAGUUAUUCUUUCAAACAACAACAAUUUAAUUGUAUGUGAAAAUGGUUAUUACAAUAUAGAAAAUACGUGUCAAAGUUGUUCAAACAAAUAUGGCGAAUUGUGUUCCCUUUGGGAUACACACAAUUGUCUUAAAUGUACAUUAAAUGGAGUUAUUAAUAAUGAAGGAAAAUGCAUUGAACUAAUACAAAGUAGUUGUAUUCAAACAUCAAACAGUUUUUGUAAUGGCUGUAAACAAGUCUCUAAUUUUAUUAAUGAUAGUGGAGUGUGCACUUCAAAUUCCAAUUGUUUGUUUUCAAAUAAAAAUGAAAAAUGUUUGCUCUGUGAAAACAAUACUUUUUAUGAUAAUACAUCCAUGUGUGUUUCAUUGACAAAUCAAGAAGAAAAUUGUGAUCGAAUGAAUAAAGAACAAGAUCGAUGUAUUCAUUGUUUAACAGGUUAUUUUGUAUCAAAUUAUCACUGUGAAAAUUGUUCUGAAAAUUGUUUGGAUUGUCUUGAUUUUUCAACGUGUCUUUCGUGCACUGAAAAUCACUUUUUAAAAUAUGGAAAGUGUUUUUCAAAUUCGGAAGUCAUCACCAAUUGCAAAAAGCUUUUACCAUCAAAAUCAAUUUGUGCGUUUUGUGAGAGUCAUUUUUUCAGAAACGCCGAAGGUGAGUGCAAAAAUUGCAUUGAAAAUUGCAAUGAGUGCAACACUGAAAAAACAUGUUUAAGUUGUUUUACAAAUUAUUUUUUACUCACAAAUAACACACAGUGUAUUUCAUAUGAUUUACUUGUAAAUUGCGAAUUUAAAAGUCAAAGUGGAUGUUUAAAAUGUUCAACUGGUUUUUACCAACAAAAUCAGUUUUGUGUCUCCUGUAACUCAACAACUUUUAAUUGUUCCACUUGUGGAACAACUGGAAUAUGCACUUCAUGUGUAGAAGAUUAUGUCUUGAUAGACUCCAAAUGUUACUCGAAAAGUUCAAUUGAAAAUUGUGUUGAAGUGACAAACUCUAAAUGCACGAAAUGCACUUUUUGGCACACGCCAAAUUACUCAAACACGUCUUGCCAUACAAAAGUAGUGUGGUGGGUGAUAUUGAUUGGAGUGAUAUUUGUUCUCAUCAUCUUAACUAUCGUUGUAUCAUUCGUGUUAUUUUUCUCUGUUAAAAUUUCUCAUCAUUAUCAAACCAAAAAAGUAUAUGAGAAUAUGUGUAUUUUCGAUGUCAGAAAGUCGAACAUUCGAUUCACCGAAACUUCAAUUGCCAACGUUUUUGUGAACAAAAAUGAAAUUGAAUUUGAAGGAAAAAACGACGAGGAAGCAAUUCCAGUCGACAGAGAGUCGCGUGAGUUAUUUUGUGUUGGCAAUUUUGGAAAGAACACAAUAAAAGUGCAAUUUUCGUCCAAGGAAGACACAGAAAAAUAUUCCAUUCGAACUGAACCACUUGUGAUUACUUUAAAAAAGAACAAAGCAAUCGAAUUUGAAAUAUUUAUUCAACCAAAAUGUUCGUGUAAAAUUGAAGAUAAAAUCACAUUGUUUUCUGUUGAUUUUAAAAGUGGAAUCACUGCAGAAACUCCAAUUAAUUUGGUUGCUAUAACUCAGAUAUCAACCAAGUUGGAUUAUGAAGAAUUAAAUGAAGACAAAAAACUUGGUGAAGGUGGUUUUGGCAUAGUUUACAAAGGGACUUUCAGAGGAAAUUUUGUAGCCAUCAAAAAGAUGAAAUUGACUAUUUUAGAUGAUCAAAAUAAAGAAUUUGAAAAUGAGGUAUCGAUGCUUGACAAAUUUAGAAAUGAGUAUAUCGUCCAUUUCUAUGGUGCUGUAUUUAUACCAAAUAAAAUGUGUAUGGUCACAGAAUUUGCCGAAUUUGGGUCUUUACAAGAUUUAAUGAAUCAUAAAAUUAGUGAAGAAGUUACAAUGAAACUCCGACUGAAAAUUAUGUUGGAUGCAGCAAAGGGAAUAAGUUAUUUACAUGAAAAUGGGAUAUUACACAGAGAUAUUAAGCCAGAUAAUAUUCUUGCAUUCUCACUUGAUGUAAACGAAAAAGUCAAUGCAAAAUUGACUGAUUUUGGAAGCGCUAGAAAUGUAAAUUUGUUGAUGACUAACAUGACUUUCACAAAGGGAAUUGGGUCUCCAAAGUAUAUGGCGCCUGAAGUAUUGGAACAAAUGAAAUAUAAGAAGAGUGCUGAUAUAUAUUCAUUUGCUAUAACUAUGUUCGAAUGCUUUGGAUGGAAGGAAGCUUAUCCAAUUGACACGUUCAAAUAUACAUGGAAAAUAGCAGAAUUUGUAAUAAGUGGUAAUCGAUUAAAAAAACGUCAAGAAACGCCGACAGAAUGUUACGAAAUUAUUCAAAGUUGUUGGGAUCAAAAUCCAAAAGAAAGGUUACAGAUAAAUGGAGUUGUGGAUCGUCUUCAAAACUGUUCUGAUUUAUUUUAA